AGAAGCUUUAGAGGCCGUUUGGCAUCAAUUUCAGUUUUGGAAUUCUGACGACAUCAGUAUUCUUCAAAGGAGCCAAGGGAUCUCUGAUGCAUGUACUCGUGACGUGUCAGGGAUUCCAUCCGCUUUCUUCAGCAAACUUUCAAAAAAAUUCCGGAAACUUUUGUUUGAAGAUUUUAGUCUGAAGAAUUCCUGAACUCGGAUCCAGCUUUUUCAUAGAGUACGUUCAUAUCAUGAAGGGUUUUGGUUGUUUUUGAAGAGGUUUGAUCUGUUGGGGGUGAAAUUUGGGAACCAUUAAGCUCUAAGUAGUUGCUUGGCUAUGGAAUUCUUUUGAGAUGAGCCCAGGAGAGAAUGAGGGCUUGGAAUCGGGGUCGCCCCAUUCGGAGAAAUUCCCAGAGGGUCAGGAGGGAUUGAGGAUUUCCCUGGAUGAUAGUUCUUCAACUGAUGCUUACUCUAAUCAUGCUCAAUCACCAGUGAUUUCAUCUAACUCCAGUGAGAAUGAGUUCCAAGAAAGUGUGAAGAGCCUCACUGAGAAACUAUCAGCUGCUCUUUUGAAUAUCAGUGCUAAAGAGGAAUUGGUGAAGCAACACUCAAGAGUAGCUGAAGAAGCUAUUUUGGGCUGGGAGAAGGCAGAAUCUGAAGUUGCAGCUUUAAAGAAGCAGCUUGAAACCACAAAUCAAAAGAACUCUGCACUUGAGGAUAAAAUCAGUCAUCUUGAUGGGGCCCUCAAAGAGUGUGUUCGUCAACUCAGGCAAGCAAGAGACAACCAGGAGCAGAAAGUACAUGACACUGUCACUAAGAAGACACAAGAGCUGGAGUCCAACAAAUCUCAGCUUGAGAAUCAAGUCACUGAUCUGAAGAAACAGUUGGAAGCUUCUAAAUUUGACACCGAGACCAUUCUCACUGACAGUAAUUCUAAAAUUGAAGCUAUUGAGAAAGAAAAUGCAGCUCUCAGAGCCAAACUUUUUGCUCAAUCAGAAGAACUCAAAGUACGAACCCUAGAGAGAGAAUUAAGUACCCAAACAGCAGAAACAGCUAGUAAACAACACUUGGAGAGCAUUAAAAAGGUGGCAAAGCUUGAAACCGAGUGUCGUAAGUUGAGAGCCAUAGUGAAGAAAACAUCAUAUGUUAAUGAUCACAAGAGCAUCUCUAGCUCUGCUUGUGCAGAAUCUCUUACAGAUAGCCAAUCUGAUAAUGAGCUGGGUUGUUCAGAUUCAUGGGCCUCAGCUCUAAUUGCAGAACUUGAUCAGUUCAAGAACGAGAAAGCCAGUGCCAGAGUCCUCACUAAGUCUAUAGAUAUUGAUUUAAUGGAUGAUUUCCUAGAGAUGGAGAGGCUCGCUUCGAUGCCUGAGUAUGACCGUGAAAGCUCUAACUUCGAUAUAGAAAGUGCUCCAAACAAAGUUACUGAAAAGGAGAGCUCAUCAAAAGUUGAAGAUGAAGUUGGGAAGCAAAAGACAGCUGGGUUAGAAGAAAAGGUUAAAAAGCUGGAGAUUGCUUUGGCUGAGAGUAAAAAACAAUUAGAGAUCUCAUGCAGUCAGCUAAAUGUAGCAGAAGAAAAAUUGGUUCAGUUGCAAAAGGAGCUCGAGUUGACGAAAGAAUCCAAAGAGGCAGCUUUGAUAGAAGUAGUGAGUUUAGAUGCAAAGAGAAAAGUAUUGGAGUCUCAAUUAGAAUUAAAGGCUGAGGAGAGUGGAUUGUCUUCAGAGUUAAAGGCUAAACUAGAAGCUUCAGAGACAACAAGAGAGACCAUUGAAACCCAUCUUCACUUAGCAAAUACAGAACUAGAGAAGCUACACAAAAAGAUUGGGUUAUUAGAAAGUAAAAUCGAAGAGGAGAAAGAGCGAUCUGCGGAAUUUGUGGCUAAAAUUGAAGCUAUGGAGGCAAUAAAGAAGGCGAGAGAGUCUCAAUUGAUAUCUGCUGAUUUUGAAGUUAGAGAGCUACAAAAGAAGGUGAAUGUAUUAGAAAAAAGAACUGAAGAUGAUAAUUUGUCAUCUACGGAGUUUGCAGCUAAGGUACAGGCGCUGGAGGUUGAGAGGAAGGAAUUAGAGUAUAAGCUUGAGUUGGCACUUAGUGAGGCUAAACAGCUAAGUGAUAAAGUGGCGUUUUUGGAGGAGGAAGUAGAUAAUCAGAGAGCACUUUGUAAUCAAUUCUCAGCAAAGUGCAAGAAUCUAGAGGAUGAAAUUUCUAGCAUGAGGAAAGAAGCUGAACUCCGAGUUGCAUCGUGCUCAAAUGGAGACCUGACGGUCAAACAGGAAAAAGAGCUUGCAGUUGCUGCUGAGAAGCUAGCAGAGUGCCAGAAAACAAUUGCCUCUCUUGGCCAACAAUUGAAAUCAUUAACAAUUUUAGACAGUUCCAUGUUUGAACCUGAGAAAUCCGAAAUCAACGGAGGCGCACCAAAUUACACUAAGAUGACAAAUUCUAGUGAUCCUUUGGGUCACACAGGCAGUUAUCCUGUUUCCAUUGGUAGAUUGUUAUCUGGAAGCAGGGGCAGGAAUCAUACAGAAAACUAGUACAUAGUAGAAAAUGUUGUGGUAUACAAGUUUUGAUGUUGAACGUAUUGCAGAUGUAAAAUUCUAUAGAGAUGAUUGUUGUUAGAGAAAUGGUUGUCAUGAGUUGUUUGUGUGAUUUGUUUCUUUUCUUCUUAUUGGAAUAUAAAGUGGACCGGCAGAUUAAAGGAGUUUAUGUUGGUUUCUUAUAUUCUGAGACUUUAUUGCUUGAUAUGAGUGGAGAAUGAUCAGUAAGUUCUUAUUAUAUGAGUGGAAUUAAAAUUGUCAAAUGAAACUCUUGUUGAAGA